AUGUCUUCAAAUCUGCAAGAAAAUAAUAAUAAUAUCUCAGACGAAAAACACGAAGAAAUAAUGGAAAUAGAGGCGAUAGAAGACACCUCUCGUGAUUAUAACAGUAAUGAUGAUUGUGAUGCUACAACAUCUAGUCAGGAGUUGCAAUCAAACUACUUUAAAAGUGUGGGAUUCGAUACUCGGAAUGUAAAUUUGAGUUAUAAAACUAUUCAACGACAGCGUAUAAUUCAUCGGAAAGAAAUUGCUAAAGGCUUAAAAGAAGACUUAAAAUUCAAUGACAAUUAUGUGGUCCAUUGGGAUGGUAAACUGCUAAGUGAUAUUGUUGGGACAGAAACAGUAGAUAGGCUUCCGGUGCUUUUAACAUCGUCUGGCAGUGAACAGCUAUUGGGUAUUCCAAAAAUUAAUUCAGGAUCUGGGAUUGAGCAAGCUUUAGCUGUAUACUCAACUAUGGAGCAAUGGGGUGUCAGUAAUUACAUAAAAGCGAUAUGCUUUGAUACUGCAGCAACCAAUACGGGAAUUCAUCAUGGCGCUGGCGUAGAGCUUGAGAAAAUUCUGAAACGAAAGCUUAUAUGGUUACCCUGUCGUCAUCAUGUAAUUGAACUUGUCAUAAAAGGCGUUUUUGAAGCUUACUGGCCAGUACAAUCAGGUCCGAACGUUCCAUUUUUUAAUCGAUUUAAAAUCGGUUGGAAUAAAAUCAACACAUCCAAAUAUAACGCUGGCAUCAACGAUAAGAUAGUGGCUAAUAUACUAUUAAACAAAAAAGAUGAACUAUUAAGUUUUAUCGAUAAUUAUUCGCAGAAAUUUCUUCCAAGAAAUGACUAUCGAGAAUUUUUGGAGUUAUCAUCUAUUUUCUUGGGAGCUACGCCAAAGGAUAAUUACACUUUUAAAUGUCCGGGAGCAAUGAGUCAUGCUCGUUGGAUGUCGAAGGCGAUUUAUUGUUUGAAAAUAUUUAUUUUUCGAACAGAGUUUAAGAUUACACCUAAAGAGUUAAAUAAUCUUCGUCAUAUUUGUAUUUUCAUAGUUACAACUUAUAUAAAAGCUUGGUUUACUUCAUCCUCGGCAAUUUUGGCUCCAAAUAAUGAUUUGACUUUGAUGCAACAAUUGAUAUUAUAUAACAAAAUAAACUCGACUGUAUCGCAAGCUGCUCUCAAGAAAAUGGUGAGACAUUUAUGGUAUUUGAGUGAUCAAUUAGCCAUAAUGUCUCUAUUUGAUGAUUCUAUUGACCUGACUGUGAAGAAAAAAUGA